UUGUUUGAGUUCGUCCGUUGGUUUGGCUUUAGUUUUACUCUUCAGUACCGCUUUAACCACGAUCGGGGAUGGGCGCGUCUGCAGACGUUGAUUUGUAUUACGAUGGCUCGCGCGCCUUCACGUGGAUGGCCGACCUGGUUGGCCUACCAAUUGACCAGUUAAACUUCUUGUUGACGCAAUUCUCAGCGUUGGGACUGGCUUCUUUGUUCAGAUCAUCGUUGAGCCCGAGAGCUGUGGGCCCUGGAACUAGACAUGCUUUUGGACUCGUAUUUGGUCUCUUUUUUGGCUAUUUCAGUUUCGGCAAGCAUGCAGUUCAUCUCGCAGGGCUUCCAGCUCUUUGCUAUGUCGUUAUGCGGACUCAGGACCCACGCAGUAUGCAGAGAAUGGUUCUCAUCGUUGCUUUGCUGUACCUUAGCUGCAUACAUUUUCAUAGGCAGGUUUAUGACUAUGGAUCUUACACCUUGGAUAUCACCGGUCCGCUGAUGGUUAUCACACAGAAAGUAACAAGUCUUGCAUACAGCGUCCACGAUGGGUUGAUACGAAAAGAAGAAGAUCUUACACCUUCACAGCGAUACAACGCUGUAAAGAAAAUGCCAACAGCCCUGGAGUAUUUCAGUUUCGCGUUACAUUUUCAAGCACUGAUGGCUGGCCCCGUGAUUUUUUACAGAGAUUAUAUUGAUUUUAUUGAAGGCCAUAACUUCUACGUUUCGAAAACCUUGACUGGAUACCAAGAUAAGAAUUUAAUCAAAAAGGAGAUCGUCCUUGAACCAUCGCCUGGCUUAGUCGUUGUAAAGAAGGUCAUUGCCAGCUGUAUUUGCGCGAUAAUUUUCGUCACGUUCAUUCCAGCUUUUCCAAUUCAAAAAAUCAAAGCGGACGACUUUAUAGAAAAUACUACCUUUAGUUACAAACUGGGUUUCCUCAUGAUGUCUACAAUGAUCGUGAGAUUCAAAUACUAUCAUGCCUGGCUAUUCGCUGAUGCGAUUUGCAAUAAUUCUGGGCUGGGAUUCAACGGUUACAACGCUGAUGGUUCUGCUAGAUGGGACCUUAUUUCAAACGUUGAUGUACUUAAGUUCGAGACGGCACUAAGCUUGCGAGACAGCAUCGAACACUGGAAUAAAGGAACAAAUAAGUGGCUUAGAAUGAUCGUCUAUGAAAGAGCAAACAGCCACAGCACAAUUCUCACCUACGGCUUGUCCGUUCUUUGGCAUGGUUUUUACCCCGGAUACUACCUCACUUUCGCCACAGCAGCGCUUUUUACGUUUGCAUCACGCACCAUUCGGCGACAUUUUCGGCCUUACUUCCUCGGAUCGGAUGGUUCGAAACUAUUCUACGAUUUAUUGACAUUUUCCACUACUAGAGUGGUGAUGGCAUACAUGACGUUCAGCUUUAUACUUCUAGAGUUUUAUCCCAGUAUUAGAUUGUAUUUACACAUGUACCUUGCUCCACACAUAUUGGCGUUCCUGGUUAUAUUACUUGUGCCAAAGUUAAUGGCACUAAUUCAGCCUAAAAAGACUGCUUUGGAUACCCCUAUGAAAAGAGUAAUCAGUAAUGGACACGGUGGACCAGUCGCUACUCACGCUACUCACGUUGCACAAGUAGCAGAUGUAGCACAGAAGGCCCAAUAACUAAAGGAGCAGGCCCCCGAGGCCCGAAAUCAUUUUUAUCUACUAAUCAUAAGUUUUAUACGAAGCAGCACAUAUUUUUCUGAAUAUUUUUAAUAAAAUUAUGACAUUUGUUGUUACAUAGAAAAAGUUGAUCUAGAGUGUACAGGGAUACAGCGUGGAAUUAAUCCGACUCCCUUGUUGAGUUAGAACAGUAGAAAAUCACAAAAAAAAAGAACAGACCCAUCUGACUGAAAUUUAAAAAAUUAUGAAGCAGACCACUUUGGAACCGAUUUUUCAGAACUGUUGGGUUAUAAUUGUAGGGAUGAUAAUUUACUGUCAUAAAUGACUUCUCUUUUUUUUUCACCGAUAACUCUACGGUAGCUGGUACGCUAUACAGAAAUAAUUUCUAUACGUAUACAAUAUAUCAAGUUUUUAUAUUUCGACUUAUCGUGAGCCCGUUUUUGAUAUUUUUUAAAGAAAACCUAUCGGUUUCGUGUAUUUCAGGGGGUAGCAAAAUCCUCAGAACUGAACAAAACAAUCACAAGCGAUUCCACUCGAAAAUAAACCUGGGAUCGUGGGGAUGCGUAGUGUUCGAAGAGAAUUAAAAAAACGUUAUUAGAAUAUGCAAAUUCGGCCAAAGACUCGAUAGAAUAAAAACUGUGGAAAAUUUUUUUUGUGGAUCAAUUUUCUCGUUCGAAUCUGCGUAUACGUACAUAACAUCACAUAGGUUUACAUAAAUUUGACUGACUCUUAUAUUAUAUACACAUAAAUAUAGAUAAUAAUUCUUAAAUUACAUAAAUAUGGUAAAUCAUAUACACAUAUUAUGACAAAAGUAUAUCGUAUAUUGUAUAGGUAUAUUUAUAUUGUUUAGGUAUAUGAACUAACGCUUUAAGAACAAUGAACAAAUUUUUUCCUGUUAUUGUACAUUAUACACAUUACACGUAAUUUUAUAAUCUGCAGUUAUCCUAAAAAUCUUCCUUAUUAUGCUCGUUACAGGUAUAAAUCUUCGGAAUAUAGAAAGAAAGACAUGUUUGACACAUAUCCUAUUUUCGUCUAUUUUAUGAACUGAAGAUAUUUAUACUGCACUUAUCAAUCGUAACUAUAAAUUUGUAAAAAAAAUUGUAGACGGUUACGUUGAAAAAUCGAAUUUCAUCCAUCGCCGUAUCAACGAUCUUCCCACAAACCACAUAAACUACCCGCUUUUAUAAUUGAAAUAGAUAUAUCAGAAUUUAAUUACGUAUCAUAUAGGUAUAAAAUAUACAUGACGACGUACAAAUAACCAAUUGAACAGUUAAGUUCAAAUACACACGGUUUUCAAACUACAAUACACGCGUUGAGCGAUAUGCACACGUAUUUUUCUAACAAAUAAGAACAAGAGUAUACAUGUAAUAUGUAUAUUUAAAAGUUGAUUAAUACACACUAGAUAUUUAUUCGGAUGAUGGUUCGGCUAUAAAAGAAUUCAUGUUUUUUUUUUGCAGCCUCUGAUCGGAAUAAGAGUAUUUGAUGCAGACACGAUACAUGUAAUGAAAAUGACGUAAGCAGACCGUAAUUCCGACUGUUUCGGUAAUCAUGUUUGGUUAAUGCGUAAAUACCUGAAAGUAUAUGAAAUGAAAAAUUAUUUCAAAUGUUUAAGGCACUGUAACUAACGAACAUAUCGUUGUGAUAGUAAUGAAUAAAUAUAGUUCAAUCAAGGCAAAACUAAUAAACGCAUACUUUUUAUUAGUUGGUCAAAAUUCGAAGAACAAAAAAUUCCACAUCACAUACGAUCCGGUAACAUUGGUAGAGAAAAAUUCUUCGUACCUCACGGGAUCGUAAUAUGUUUUAUAAAAUUCUACAGAAGUGUGCUAAAAAUAAAUUAUUCUUACAGGGUUGUAAAUUUAUUACGAAAUAGAUGUCUGUUAAUUGAAAAAUAUAUAGUACAAUGAAAUCAAAGCAAAACAACAAUUCACAAAAUUUUACGCGUUGACGAAUAAGCUCAUGGUCUGGUAUAUGACUACAUAAAUUAUGUAUACCUCACGAAUCUCAUUGUUUCUUGUGUAAUUUCACAUCGCGAAUACAAUUCACGUGGAAAUCGUCGGAUAAAAUAAUAAUUUCGAGCAUGACAUUGACCCAGUGCCUGACAAUAAGUAGCGUUGGGGGAUUUCAUUGAUCUUUCUAUAUACGAUGAUUUCUCAUUUUUGUAACACACUCUUAUGCGGUCUUAUCUAUUGUUUCGAAUUCUGGUGGGAGUGACAAACUAUGAAUCAUCAUUCCGCCGUAGUCAUUAUGCUUUUUUCCUCAGCAUAGUGAUCAUUUUUCCGUUAUUUUUCAUUGGAAUUUAUAAUUAUCUCAACUUAUACAUACCGAUGAAGGUAUAGGCAUAUAAGUAUAUGUAUACGCGAACUUUAAAUCUGACGAGUCUGGGAUUGGCAAUUAUCUCGUCUAUUGUAAACGCUACUCCGAUCAUUGGGGACAUUCUGUAGUCACGAGGUUUAGACUUUCGCUAGACCUCGGCGAUAUCGUCGUUUCACAAGGUAAUCUCAGGUCAAUUACAUCUUCGUAUAGCAUCUUCUAUACAGAUAGAGAGAGGGAGAUAGAUAGAUAGAUAGAUAGAUAGAUAGAAAGAGAACAGCUGAACAAAAUACCACGUAACAAAACCCCCACUUUUUUAACCGAUACGAAAUAUUGUAUUUUUAUUCAUGCGAUACAAAUGCUAAUCGUUGAGGGAAGGAACACCUAUACGUAUUGUUUAAAUGUGCGAUCAUCCACGUGCAGUUCAUGGUUGAAAUCUGUGAUAAUACUAAUAGUAAUUCUGCACCAUUUUCGUACCCGGAAGUUGACUAUGCAGGAAAAAUAGGGUAUACGCAGACGAAUUUCGCACAUUUUCGCACAGUAAUGUGAAAAUUAUUGAUGAUUUCGAACAUCAGUCACUGGUACAAUAUACAUCUCAUACGUAGCACAAUCUAACAAUAAAAAAUUAUACCAAUCGCAAAUAAUUUUAUUAUUUGCUGUAGAAGUUGUAGAAGAUUAAAAUUCGUUUAGGAUGAGGUGUUUCUGAAAUUCGGUAACUUACCGAUGGUUUAAAAAAAAAUUGUAAAGGAAAAAAAAGAAAUGGUAAGAAGUCUAGACUCAAGGCUCCUAAAUAUAAUCAGUGAGGUAAAAUAUCAUUAUUUUAUAUCGAGAUUAUACGCAUAUCUAUGCUUCCUUUACAAGUAUACGUACGUACAGUGCAUACGUAUACGACUAUAAUAUUUUUUCAUAGUUUAUUAUUAAAUUAUAAGUCAAGGCAUAGAUAGUCAAGGCAACCAAUCCGAAAUUCAACGCGAUUUUCGGUGUAUUGUCUGGUAAAUGUGGUUUUUUCUUCUAAUGCCACUAACCCAUAUUGUCAUCUUUCGAAUACGUGAUCGUUUUUCAAAAAUUUUUGCAUCUAUCAUUUUGAUCGGAAUUUGAGCCGAGGGCCUAAUUUCUGCAUGACAAAUAUUCCGUUAUCAACUUAUCACACAUUUCACACUGCACGCAUCUUGAUUUCUUGUUCUAUAUACACAUAUACUUAUGUAUACCUAUAUGUAUAUCUUUUUGUUUGUCGAAAUAAAAGAAAUGGAGAAAUA